UGAUUCACACGCGGACAGACACAGCACACCAAUUUCCGCUUCCCGCCACUCCUCCAUAGUUUCCAGUCACUCGCUCCUUCAAUUCUCUCUUUCAAAUUUCUAGGGCUCACGGAGGCCCUUACCUACACAACCAUGGGAGAUUCUACGGUUUUCACCCAACCCCUCUCGGCAUCUCAUAGAUCUUCUGCUGGCAUCAUCUUAAAGAUCCGAUUGGAGAACUUCAUGUGCCACAGUAGCUUGCAAAUCGAGCUCGGCGAGUGGCUCAAUUUCGUCACUGGUCAAAAUGGAAGUGGUAAGAGCGCGAUAUUGACUGCGUUGUGCGUUGCGUUCGGGUCCCGAGCUAAAGAAACGCAAAGGGCGACCACGUUGAAGGAGUUCAUCAAAACUGGUUGCAGUUAUGCGGUUAUUCAAGUGGAAAUAAAAAAUGAAGGGGAGGACGCCUUUAAGCCAGAGAUAUAUGGUGAUGUCAUAAUUGUGGAACGUCGGAUUUCUGUAUCUACCAGCUCCACUGUUUUGAAGGAUCACCAAGGGAAAAGGGUUGCUAGUCGAAAAGAGGACCUUCAUGAGCUUGUAGAACAUUUUAAUAUUGAUGUUGAAAAUCCAUGUGUGAUAAUGAGUCAAGACAAAAGCAGAGAAUUUUUGCAUUCAGGGAAUGACAAAGAUAAAUUCAAGUUCUUUUUCAAGGCUACACUGCUUCAGCAGGUCAAUGAUCUACUGGUUAAUAUUGGGACUCGUUUAGAUUCUGCAAAUACACUGGUAGAGGAACUGGAAAAAUCAAUAGAACCAAUUCUGAAGGAACUUAAUGAGUUGCAAGUGAAAAUUAGGAACAUGGAGCAUGUAGAAGAAAUUUCUCAACAAGUACAGCAGUUGAAAAAGAAACUUGCCUGGUCAUGGGUAUAUGAUGUGGACCGACAACUCCAGGAACAAAGUGCAAAAAUUGAAAAGCUUAAAGAUCGGAUACCGACUUGCCAAGCUAGGAUUGAUCGACAACUUGGUAAAAUGGAGGAGUUGAGGGAGUGCUUGACCAAGAAGAAAACUCAAAUUGCAUGUAUGAUGGAAAAGACAACAGAAGUGAGGAGAAUGAAGGAGGACUUGCAGCAGAGGCUUUCCUUGGCCACAAAAGAGAGGCUUGAGCUAGAAGAAGAACAUUGCCGGAAAACUAACAAAAUUCAGAAGAUGGUGAAUCUUGUUAGGCGGCUUGAUCAACAAGUUCAUGAGGUUCAUGAGCAAGAUCUAAAAAAUACUCAGGCUGAAGAAUCUGAAAUAAAGGAAAUGCUGAAGGGACUCCAAGAUGAGCUUGAUACAACAAAUUUGAUACUAUCAAGGUUGAAGGAAGAAGAAAGUGCCUUAUCAGCAAGCCUAUCCAUCAAAAUGGAUGAAAUCAGAAAGAUUUCGGAUGAGAUUGACGAUUAUGAAAGAAAGCAUCGUGAAAACUAUUCUUACAUCUGCGAACUUCAGCAACACCAAACCAACAAGGUUACAGCUUUUGGAGGGGAUAGGGUGAUCCAACUUUUACGUGCAAUUGAGAGACAUCAUCAAAGAUUCAAAAGGCCACCCAUUGGUCCAAUUGGCGCCCAUUUGACUUUAGUCAAUGGUGACAUAUGGGCUAUUGCUGUUGAAAUUGCCAUUGGAAAGAUGCUUAAUGCUUUCAUUGUGACGGAUCAUAAAGAUUCCCUUCUUUUGAGAGGAUGUGCUAGAGAAGCAAACUAUAACCACCUUCAGAUAAUCAUAUACGACUUUUCAAGGCCAAGAUUGAAUAUUCCAUAUCACAUGCUUCCUCAGACACAGCACCCAACUCUUAUUUCUGCUUUGCAUUCAGACAAUCCUACUGUAAUGAAUGUCUUGGUUGAUAUGGGCAAUGCUGAGAGACAAGUGCUUGUUAGAGACUAUGAAGUUGGAAAAACAGUUGCUUUUGACCAAAGAAUUCCGAACUUGAAGGAAGUUUACACAUCAGAUGGAUAUAGAAUGUUUUCUCGUGGUUCAGUCCAGACCAUUCUUCCUCCAAAUAAGAAGGCUAGAACUGGCCGCCUUUGUAGUUCUUUCGACAGUCAGAUCAAGGAUCUUGAAAGAUAUGCAUUAGACAUUCAAGAACAUGGUCAGGAAGUAAAAAGAAAGAAAAGGAAUGCAGAGGAAGAACUUCAGGAUCUUCAAGAUAAACUACAGAGUAUAAAGAGGAGGCGUCUUAAUGCUGAGCGGGAUGUGAUGUCAAAGAAACUAAGAUUGCAAGAUGUGAAGAAUUCAUAUGUUGCUGAAUCCAAUCCAGCACCUGCAUCUUCUGUUGAUGAGCUUCAUCAUGAAAUCUCAAAAGUACAAGCUGAGAUACGAGAAAAGGAAAUCCUGUUAGAAGAUUUCCAAUUGAGAAUGAGCAAAGCAGAUGCAAAGGCUAAUGAUCUGAAAUUAUCCUUUGAGAAUUUAUGUGAAUCAGCGAAAGUAGAAAUUGAUGCCUAUGAGGCAGCAGAGAAUGAACUAGUAGUGAUUGAACAAGAAUUGUGUUCUGCUGAAACGGAGAAAACCCAUUAUGAAGGGAUAAUGAAUAACAAGGUGCUUCCUGACAUAAAAGAGGCAGAGACACAGUAUCAGGAGCUUGAACACAAUCGUAAGGAGAGUUGCAGGAAGGCUUCUAUUAUUUGUCCUGAAAGUGAGAUUGAAGCUUUGGGAGGCUGCAAGAGCACCCCAGAGCAACUGAGUGCCCAAUUAAAUAGGCUGAAUCAGAGACUUCAAAGUGAAAGCCAGAGAUAUGCUGAACCUAUUGAGGAUCUCAGAAUGAUUUAUGACAAAAAAGAGCGCAGAAUUUUGAGAAAACAGCAAACUUAUGAAGCUUUUAGAGAGAAAUUGAAUGCAUGCAAGGAAGCCUUAGACCUGCGAUGGAGCAAGUUUCAGAGGAAUGCCACUCUUCUAAAGCGCCAGUUGACUUGGCAAUUUAAUGCUCACUUGAGAAAGAAAGGGAUCAGUGGGCACAUUAAAGUUAGUUAUGAAGAGAAAACCCUAUCAGUGGAGGUAAAGAUGCCUCAAGAUGCAUCAAACAACAUUGUUCGUGAUACUCGAGGGCUUUCAGGUGGGGAACGCUCUUUCUCGACAUUAUGCUUUGCAUUGGCUCUUCAUGAGAUGACAGAAUCCCCAUUCAGAGCAAUGGAUGAGUUUGAUGUGUUUAUGGAUGCAGUUAGCCGGAAGAUCAGCUUGGACACCCUUGUGAAUUUUGCAUUGGCACAAGGAUCUCAAUGGAUUUUUAUCACUCCUCAUGAUAUCAGUAUGGUUAAACAAGGGGAGAGGAUAAAGAAGCAGCAAAUGGCAGCCCCUCGUUCUUGAUCAUUUCCAUCCUCAUUCUCUGUUGAUGUCUCUUCAGUCACAUAUUAACCACACAUCUUCUAUUUGGACUUUGGUUUGAUCUUUCCUCUUUUUGGAAUUAAAGUUGAAUCAUGUUGCCAUAUGCAUCUCUAUUUUGCUCACUUACAAUUCACAUGAAUCUAAUUUAGAUUCUAAGUUAUUGAUACUGACCAUCCAUGGAUCUUGUAUAUGAGAAAUGUAUGGAAAUUGAUCUGUUUUGCUACA